CUUUUCCAAGAAUCUAUACUCGAUCCGACUAUAUAUAGUAUAGGUAGCAGUUGGCGAACACUGUCCGAGCGAACCCGCAUUGAACGCAUGGAACGCAUCGAACCGGACCAAAACAAAGGAUCAACACAUCAACUCCUAUCUAUUCACCUACAUAUCUGGAAGCUUCGACUUCAUACACAACAACGCACGCAUUCCACACCUCACAACUCACAACUUGCACCCACGGCUAGUUGGCUUCCGCGAAGACAUAAAAACCGCACACUAGAGUCCCUUACACCAGCCCUGCUACCUAGACCAUCCCUUCCACCGCCACAAACAAUGAUCCGGCACGCGCGCGUCCCCUCGAUGGCGGCCAGUACGCAUACCCGUACCAGCACCAAUACCAGCACCAGAGUCUCCUCCCCCACCACCGCCGCCUCCCCAUCCCCACCCAGCACAUUCACGCACCUCCUCUCGCAGCUAACGCACACGAUCUUCAUCCUGCUCGCGUUCGCGAACACGAUCCGGCUGCUCCUCGGCGCCGGGGUUCGCAAUUCCCUCUGCUGUCUCCAACAGCUCAGCAAACGCGCGGGGAUCCACCGCCGCUGGAAUCGCUUCAAGGAUGCGUGCUUCUAUGAGCUGCUCCUCCUGCUGUUUCAGCCCUCGCCUGUGCUACUGAUACUCAUGUGGCCCGGCUGGGUGCUGGUUGUUGGACUGUGGUUGUGGGGGUGGGCUUGGUGGUAGUGCUGGUGGGCGUGAGUGGCAGGGU